AUGCUCAAAUCCAAACUCCUAAACCCCAGAUUCCCUUUGCCUCCUCCUCCUCCUACUCCGCCGCCGCCCGAUGUCUCUCCUUCUUGCCACCGGCACCACCGUAUCCUCUCUCUGCUAAAGCAAUGCACCACCCUCCGCUGCUUCAAGCAGAUCCACGCCCACAUGCUCACCCUCGCCGUCCGCAAGCCCAACGACCUCCUCGCCAGGCUCCUCCUCCUCGGCGACCUCCCCUACUCCCUCCUCCUUUUUUCCCAGAACCCCCGCCCCAACGACUUUUCCUUCAACCUCGUGAUCCGCGCCCUUGUCACUCUCUACUCACGCUUUCCUCUCGCCCUCGAGUUCUACCUCCGCAUGCUUCGCUCCGGCCUCCGGCCCGACCACUACACCUUCCCCUUCCUCCUCCUCGCCGCCGCCAACCUCCAGUCCUUGCACCACGGCCUCGCCGCCCACGCCUCCAUCUUCAAGCUCGCCCUUCACGACGUCGACCACGUCCAGCACUCUCUGCUCACCAUGUACGCGCGGUGCGGCCAGGUGGACCUCGCCCGCAAGCUGUUCGAUGAAAUCGCCGUCAGAGAUUGA